GCCCGUCCUCGACGGCGAGGCCACCGAUCCUAUCUAUAUAUAUUCACUCGUACCAUGGAGGAGGAAUUCCAGGAGGCCGAAAUCCUAUGGCCGGCAGGCGUGGACGGCGGCGGCGAGGCGGCGCCUGCUUGCUCGGUCCGUCAUCGUCCCAGGGCAGCCACGCCGGUCGACAUCUCUCGGCAGAAGCGGCGGUGCCGCCCCUGCCCGGUGUCGUCGUCGGAGCAUUAUUACGCCACCACGCUCGACGACCAGGAAACCGACGACGUCGGCGAUGGUGCAAAAGGGACGACUGCGAACCACGGCUCGGCAGUCGUGCCGCCGCACGUUCUUGUCGCGCGGCGGAGGAGGCUGGUGCGCGGCCGGACGGCGGCCUACUCCAUGUGCGCUGGCAAGGGGAGGACGCUCAAAGGGCGAGACCUCCGCGACGUCCGGAACCUCGUCCUCAAGAUGACAGGCUUCAUCGAGGAGUGAAUGAAUGCGUGCCGUCGCAUCGCAUGGAUCCAGAGGAUUCUUUUCAGCAAGCCAAUGGAAGAAGCACCCGUAGCAGUCUAGCAGAAGGAUAUACAACUAUACAAGAAGAUGACGACUGUUCACGCGUAAUAAUUAAUUUGCUAGCUUAUGUAAUAACUAGGUAUAUGCCCGUGCGUUGCUACGGAAUCAAUAUGAUAAAAUCCAUAUAUAUGUAAAUGUUGAAUAAUUAGACAAAUUCCAAAUUAAA